AUGUCAAACUUGUGGCUUACAAUUUCAAUUCUACAUUUCAUCCACAUUUUCCAUUUUGAUAAUCUAUCUGCAGUACCAGCAAAAUUUGUUACCGAACCUAAGCGUUCCGUAACCGCUUACAAGGCAUGGGACACCGUGCUCAAAUGUGACAUCUUUGGUUACCCCUCCCCUGUGAUAACAUGGACAAGAUCAGGCAGGCAGCUCCCCGUAAACAGACAUGUUAUCAAUGGUUCCCAACUUACGAUUCAAAAGACAACAGAGGACGAUGAUGGUGCUUACGUUUGUCAAGGAACUAACCAACUGGGAAAUGUCAUGCGAGUGAUAUGGGUCGUUGUUAAAGCUGUUGUGAAUCCCUACAUUGUAUCCAGUCCUCCUAAUGAAAUUGAAGUCCAACAUGUUGGUGAUGCUGUGACAUUAAACUGUUCAGCUGGUGGCUCGCCCCCACCCAUAGUUACGUGGCUCAAAGAUGGUCGACGUCUUACCUCACGAGCCGCAAAUGUCAAUAGUGAUUUGAUGAAGAGUGAAUUGGUCAUUCAUCGCUUCAAGCCAAGUGACUCUGGAAUCUACACAUGUCUAUUUUAUAACGACAAGAAUGUAACAGCGGAAUCCAACACAAGCCUGACCUUAAUUAACUGUGGUGACCUUGGUUCUCCAUCAAAUGGACGCAAACAUGGCUCACGAUACUGGACUGGUCAAUCUGUGUCCUUCUUUUGUGAUCCAGAGUAUCACUUAACUGGACCGGAAACAAGGAUGUGUUUACCCUCUGGUAAUUGGAGUGGGAUACAACCCUCAUGUCGACGAAUUUGUCAAUCUCUAGAAAGUCCAGAACACGGUUUUAUUCGCGGACAGCAGUUUUGGGAAGGAGAACUAGUUUCAUUUAGCUGCAACCCUGGUUACUGGCUGGAUGGAUCCAUAGAGCGUCGCUGCUUAAAGAAUGGUACUUGGACUGGAAAUCAAACCAAAUGCACUCCGCCUGGUAGAGUCUAA